CCGCGCUGGUGACGUCGGGCAGCGUGUGCGCCGUCCUCCCGUUCCGCUAUGGCCGCGCUGCCCGGUGCCGCGGCCCCGCGGCUGCUCCUCAUCCCCAGCAAAGCGGCCGAGGCUCCCGGCCCCGCGGCUGCCCGGCAUCUCUCUGUUGUCCUGCCGGCAGGAGCCGACGCCGGCCUCCCGGGCAUGGAGACCACGCAGCCGGCCCGCAAGCGGCAGCGGCUCACGCAUCUGAGCCCGGAGGAGAAGGCGCUGCGCAGGAAGCUGAAGAACCGCGUGGCGGCCCAGAGUGCCCGCGACAGGAAGAAGGCGCGGAUGACAGAGCUGGAGCAGCAGGUGGUGGAGCUGGAGGAGGAGAACCAGAAGCUGCUGCGGGAAAACCAGCUCUUGCGGGAAAGGACGUGUAACCUCGUGCGGGAGAACCAGGAGCUCCGCUGCCGCCUGGGUUUAGAUGCUCUGAAGACGGAGGAGGAGGAGGAGGGUGACAAGUUCCAGGUUGUGAAGGAAUCCCAGGUGGAUGAGAUUAGAUUGGUGACCGGGUCCGCUGAGCGCAGCACUCAGACUACGUGUUCCUCUGCAGCAGGUGCAGGCCCAGCAGUCACCAUUUCUGAUAGUUUCCACAUGGAUUCUGGUGGCAGUGACUCUUCAGACUCUGAGUCUGAUCUCCUAUUGGGCUUUCUGGACAGUCUGGACCCAGAGAUGUUUCUCAGAUAUGCUGAUUCAGAGUCAACGUGCCUGGAAAAGCUGGAGGAAGAGAUCUCUGGAGAAACAAAUUCCAUACCAACUGCCCUGUCUCCCUCUUUGGGGUCCCCAUCAGCUAAGCUGGAAGCCAUUAAUGAACUCAUAAGGUUUGAUCACGUGUAUACAAAACCCCUGGUAGUGGAGAUUCCUGUUGAAAUGGGCAACCAAACCAAUAUGCUAGUGAAAAUUGAGAAAGAAAAUCUCUCUUCAUCUGACGACAAGGCUAUCCCUGAGGUCCCAGUGUCUGUGAAGAAGGAACCUGUAGACAGCUUCAUGCCUGAACUGGGCAUUUCUCAUCUGCUUUCUUCCUGUCAUAAUCUUGAAGCCUCAAGCUACUUGUUGGAUGGCUGUAGUGACUCUGGGUAUGAAGGAUCCCUGUCGCCCUUCAGUGAUACAUCGUCUCCGCUUGGCACUGACCAUGCGUGGGAGGAUAGUUUUGCCAAGGAACUCUUUCCCCAGCUCAUCAGUGUCUAACCUGGUAGUGUUAACUCCCCUUGGAUAACUGUCCUGGCAAGAUACCAGCAUAUGCCCCUUUGAGGGGUGUGUGUGGGGAAAAUCAAGUCCAUUCAGAAAAGUGUUGCUAAUUUUUACCCAUGCUAGUAGAUGGCGUGAUGGUAUGAAAAAGCCUGGGGUGUUCUGUCCUGCCCUGGCUUCCCCCCAAUCAGUGUUGGCUUAGGAGAGAGGCAGGUUUAUUUCUCAGUAACUUGCUAACUCUGUAUGAACCCGAAAAUGUUUUGGUUUUAGGUUAAAAUUUUAACACCAAAAACUUAAGUGGGAUAUUCAUGUAUUGACAACUGGGCUGAACCUUAAUAAUCUCUAAGUCUUACAGCUUCACUAAAUGCUUCUUUUCCAUUUGCUAUGUAGAGUUGCUUUCUCCAUUUAAUAUUUAACUGUAUUGUUGCAAUUAAAAUGCAGUGCAGCUCACUGA